AUGGACUUCUCGACAGCCCUGCUCAAGCUCACACAGGUUAAGACAAACAGCAUCACGCCCACGAUUCCACGCCCAUCGUCCUACCACCACGAUACCACGCCCACGACCCUACGCCCACGACUUCACGCCCAUGACUCCACGCCCAUGAUUCCACCACCACGAUCCCACGCCCACAGAUACGCCCACGGCCCGACGCCCACAGAUAUGCCAAUGAUCCAGGCCCACGAUCCUACGCUCACAGAUACGCCCACGCCCUCCCGCCCACGACCUCACGCCCACGAUCCCUCCACCACGACCCCACGCCCACGACCCAACGCCCACAGCUGCGUCCCACGACCCCACGCCCAUCCCACGCCCAUGCACUUUCUCCCGUACUUUAGAUCACGUCCAUCCAAAGCCCAUUAA